GAAAGAGUAAGAUACCAGCAACACAGGCAGAUAGCGACGUACACAGGGAGAACAGGCUUCGGUGUAGAGAGUAUGAGCAAGGAAGCAGGUCUGCUGGGAGUCUCCUUCUUGAUCUGAGAGGAAGCUUUGGAUGCUGUCCACCCAUCAUCAGCCUGAAAUGUCUGACUUUGAGGAUUUCGGCUGGCCGGGAGGGCUGGCGAAUGUAUCUGAAAGCUACCAGCUGAACCCGACCAGUGUGAUUGUAUCGGUGGUUUUCUCCCUCAUCUUCCUGCUGGGCACCAUCGGCAACAGCCUGGUGCUCGCCGUGCUUCUGCGGAGCGGGCAGGUGGGCUACAACACAACCAACCUGUUCAUACUCAACCUGAGCGUGGCCGACUUCUUCUUCAUCAUCUUCUGCGUUCCUUUCCAAGCCACCAUCUACUCUCUGGAGGGCUGGGUGUUCGGCUCCUUCAUGUGCAAAGUGGUCCACUUCUUCAUCAACCUCACCAUGUACGCCAGCAGCUUCACACUCGCUGCUGUCUCUGUUGACAGGUACCUCGCCAUCCGCUACCCGCUGCGCUCCAGAGAGCUACGGACUCCGUGUAACGCGGUGGUCGCCAUGGUGAUCAUCUGGGGUCUCUCUCUGGUCUUUGCCGGUCCUUAUCUCAGCUACUACGACCUGAUCGACUACGCCAACAGCACCGUGUGCAUCCCCGGCUGGGAGGAGCAGAACCGGAAGGUGCUGGACACGUGCACCUUCUUGUUCGGCUACGUCAUCCCCGUGCUGAUCGUGAGUCUCUCGUACACUCGAACCAUCAAGUACCUGUGGACGGCAGUGGACCCUCUGGACGGCAUGUCGGAAUCCAAGAGGGCCAAACGCAAAGUCACCAAAAUGAUCAUCAUUGUCACGGUGCUCUUCUGCAUCUGCUGGCUGCCGUACCAUGUGGUGAUCUUGUGCUACCUGUACGGAGACUUCCCUUUCAACCAGACCACGUAUGCCUUCAGGCUUCUCUCCCACUGCAUGGCCUACGCCAACUCUUGUGUCAACCCCAUCGUGUACGCUCUGGUGUCCAAGCACUUCCGCAAAGGCUUCAAGAAGGUGUUCAGCUGCAUCCUCAGUAAAAACGGGAGGAAUAAGGUCCACGUGGUCCACGUAGCCAACACUGUGCCCGGGUUCGAAGCAGGAUCCACGGAGGUGUCGCAUAUGAACGAGGAGAACGUGCGACAGAAUGAGUGUGAAAUGAUUAACAGGCGGAUUGGAGAGCCAAGAGAAGCCACGGUGACACUGAAUUUGCCCUUUCAACGGCAGACUUGAUAAGUGAUUCAGCACUUACAGGCUCAUUACAGAUUGCCUUAUGUGAAAGCAUGACACUGCAGCAAGAAAUGUGUUAAAUGCUCAUAAUGACAGUCACAGUUUUGGUGACAAAAAGGAGAAAUGAAAUGAAACACAUUUACGCAGAUGAAAAAAGUGUUGAAAUACAGUUAAAACAGUGAGCCCACAACCAAAUAUGGGUUUGUUUCAUCAUCUUUGUCAAAUAUUCACUCCCAUAAUGUUCCACUAACACAUAAACACUCAGUCACAAAGGUUUGAUACUAAGAAUGAAAAUGUCUCUGUUUCCACCAUUUGCCUUAACUAUGGCCUGAAGCUUGGUAUAUAUUUAAAGGUCCAGUGUGUAUUGUCUUAUCUAACAGUGAUGUUGCAACCAACUGAGUACCCCUCGGCUCAACGCCCCCUUUCCAAUGGCGUCAGAGAAGCUGGCCUUCAGGCAGGACCGGCGCAUGAAUUUCUGCGAACAAACAACUCUGCCGCCCCUCAGUUUGCAACAUAUCAUACCAGCAACAGCACACAAACGCAGAUAGUGCUCCCAGUGUCAACAACAUCAAAGUAUGCAGGCAUUUUGAUAAUCUUUGUUGGUUACUUUGCGAUUUCGCGCAGUUGGCCCACAUUUCCCCGACCUUGCCACGGUACUGCCACAGACCACCACCUAUUCUGCCUUUAUGGACACGCCGGAUCUGCGUUCAGGUCGUCGGAACGACCCAACCCUGUCUCCUACAAAACAUGUUUCCGUAACAUAACUCACAAUGCAGUUGGGAACAUCAUUUUAAGGAGAUGGGGCUGAAUCACUGAAUGUAGAUUGCUGCCAUUGGCCGUCUGUUUUGAAAGGGCACUGUCUAUAUUCUGCGCUUAGCACCGCCCACAUGGAUCGUGACCUGUUUAAAGAAAUACAAACAAGCCGCAGUGUCCCCCCCCCCCAUACGGAAUGACAAUGUGAGGAGCCAGACCAGCUCCAUAUGUAGAUAUGAAGGGCUCAUUCUAAGCUAACAAAAGCAAAACACAACAAUUUGUAGGUGAUUAUACACUAAUGAAAACGUAUGAAUGUUAUAUUCCACUUCUGCUAAAAGGUUUCCAUAAAGGCUACACACUGGACAUUUAAGUCUUUUCAGCAUUUGAGAAUUAUUACAGCACUUUUUAAAAGCGGCAUAGAAUGUGUCCCAUAAUGUCACAGUUUGUUUCACCUUUCCAAAGAUGUUCAAAGGUUGGUGAAUGUAUGUCAGCACUGUUUGUUCUUCUGUUUGACCUCAAACAGGUUGCGAUAGAGAUUCAGGGUCUGAACCUGCUCAUAAAGUCUGAAGAAAUGGCAUUCCUCUGCAAAGUGGUGCUUCUCCUCGUCAGGUCAGCUACAGGCCAGUCAUUAACAACACUGCAGCAUUUCCAAAACCAUGUGGGACUGUAGCUUUUAUGGUCCGUUACGGUAAUCUCUUCCGUCUUUCCCUCACACAAACUCAACCGUCUGAUUGUGACUCGUUUUUAAAGUGCUCGUCUCUUAUUGAGCUCGUGGUUUUUCUAACCGGAGCAGUUGUUUGCUCCGUUUCCUUUGAAUCUUGCAUGCAGAUGCUGUUCUGUCUUGUCAAGAUAUUACUGGUAUAUUUGAAUGAUAUAUGCUGUAACAUACAAAAAGGUUUUGUGUGCAAAUAUGAUAUUCAGUUACAUUUCAAUGUCAUACCAGCAUUCAAGAAUCAGGUGUCAAAUACAUCUGGGAAGAAGUGUUUAUCAGUUUCUGAUGAAAUGAAACCGUUCUUGGUAAAAUACUUUAGAUUGAGGUAGAAAACUGGACACAUUUUCUUGCUUUACUUGUAUUUUGCAAUGAUUGUAAUCAUGGCAUGUUUCUCUAUGGUGUGAAAUAUUAUAUAUUUAAAUUAGUAUUGUUUAUCAAUGGGUGCACUGAAGAGAUGUGUCUUUUAAAAGGUGUGUUUUGUGUAUUUAAAAGCUGUGAAAGCAUUGAUCAGCAUUGACAUGGUUUCUCUCUCCAGAUGAAAGCAGAUCCUCAGUGUAUCUCUCUUUCUCUCUGUGUUCCUCUGUAAGCUUGCGUCCUACCUCAGAGCUGCUUCCUGUCUUCUAGCCGUGUUCUGCUCAGAAUGUGUAAAGCCUGAGAAACCAAUUUCCAGACAGAACAUUCUCCUUUGCACUGACAAAUUAUUGUUUCUUUGUUUGCUUGCCCGUUGCCUCCCACGUUGUGUAAAGUAUCCUCUCUUUCAUUAUGUAGAGUUUUCAAAUGUAACAGCCUGUAGAUUAUAAGAAGAAUAUAUAUAUAUAUAUAUUUAAAUAGAUAUUUAUC